UGUGCCCCCCACAGCGGGGGGAGGGGAGGGGAGGGGAGGGGGAGGAGUCAGUCCCUGAGGAGAAAAAGAGAGGCACACGUCGGACAGAAGACGAGCAGAACAACAGAACCAAAUCCUCGUCGUCCUCCUCACGCUGCUCAACUGCUGCGGCUUUUGGCACGGGGAUGACUUCCUGUCUGUGGCCCCGCCUCUUCCUGUUUGUCUCCACGCUGACGUCGGUCAUGGCGACCAAAGAACCGGCCGCGUGCAAGAUCCGCAUCACGGACAAAGGCCUGGACAUGCUGAAAUCGGAGACUCAGAAGUUUGUGGCGGAGGAGCUGAGUAACAUCAGCAUGCCGGAGAUGAGCGGCAAGGAGGGAAGCUUCCAGUACACCAUCACAGACGUGAAGAUCACGGAGCUGAACCUGACCUACGCCGACUUGAGCUUCCUGCCCGACGUGGGUCUGAUGUUCGACGUCCAGAACUCGUCCAUCGCGCUGAGCUUCCACAGACGGCUCCUGUACUGGUUCUUGUCCGACACGGGAAACAUCGAGGCGUCGGCCGACGGCGUCGACAUCAACACGGGUCUCGGCCUCGGCAGAGACCCGCUCGGCCGCCUCAAGAUCAACAACGUCACCUGCGAUGCCAAAAUCAAGAAGAUGAGGGCCAAGUUUGACGGCACGCUCGGGAGAGUUUACCACUUCCUGGCCAGGUUUCUCACCACCGGCCUGCGCUUCCUCCUCAACAAGCGGAUCUGUCCGGCCCUGCAGCACGCGUCUCUGGUGCGUGUCAACUCCAUGCUGGAGACCAUCCCGGUGCGGACGGAGGUGGACAGCUACGUCGGGAUCGAUUAUUCGCUGACCGACGAUCCGCUGGUGACGUCUCGCAGCCUGGACAUGAACUUCCGAGGAAUGUUCUUCCACCUGGCGGACGAGCGGGACACGCUGGUUAACUACGCGGCGGAACCGCUCAUCCGAGAGUACGAGCGCAUGGUCUACUUGGCGCUGUCCGAGUUCUUCUUCGACAGCGGCUUGUUCUCCUACUACAAGGCGGGAAUCUUCCAGUUGAACAUCACCAACGACAACAUGCCCAGAGAUCUGGAGAUGCUGCUGAGGACCACGUACUUCGGGACCGUCAUGAUGCUGAAUCCGGCGCUGAUGGACUCGCCCGUGUCACUGGAACUGGCAGUCAACGCCCCGCCCAAGACCACCGUCAAGACGUCCGGGGCCACCGUCGUCAUGACGGCCGUCGUCAAGGUGAUGAUGACGCCGGCCGGCCGACCGCCGGUGCAGCUCAGCAGCAUGACCAUGGAAACCAAAUUUAACGCCAAAGUUUCCAUCAGAGAAAAACGUCUGUCCGUACUCGCCGACCUGCGCAGGUUUAAAAUCUACUCCAACCAAUCAGCGCUGGAAUCUCUGGCACUGAUUCCUCUGCAGGCGCCUCUGAAGACGAUGUUGCAGAUGUCCGCGGUUCCUCUGAUCAACAGUAAGACGACGACGUCGGUCGGCAUCGUCACGCGACGCGCGCGUCACUACUCGCGUGUGCGUGCGUUUCAGACUGGACCAAGCGAGGCGUUCGUAUCCCUCUGGCUGACGGGAUGGAGCUCGUCGAGGAGGUGGUGGAAUACCACGACGGUUUCAUCGUGAUCGGAGCGAACCUUCGCUUCAGCAAAGGCCUGAGGGAGAUGGCGGCCGCGGCCUCGCAAUAAACGCGCACCCGCCGGUUCGUAGGCUUGGUCGGCAUGAACGUCUUUGAUGUUUUCCGGCAACUUUAUUGGUCAACAACGCAAUCGGUCAUCAUCGUCAUCUCCGCCAAUCGAUCACGCGACGACAACGUCAAUAAAGCUUUUUGAUCCCUCGUC